AUCAAAAGGCCACAUCAAAUAUCAAGUGAGAACUUUUCUCUCUUCAUCUCUCUACCUAUUCCUAUUAUUUUAUGGAUUUCUUCAACUCCUAGGUUAUGGCCGGCUUGGAUCUGAGCCCCGCUUCGAGGUAUGCUCACCACCUGCACCACCGCCCCGACCUCCACCUCGCGCACCACCACCCUAGCGCUGGCUCCGACGACGACAACAACGGCGGCAGCGCUAACGGCGGAGACGGCGGGGGACAAUUCGGCGAGCGCGACGGGUCGCCCUCGGGUCUGCAGGGCGGGGACCUGGCGUCGCGGAGGCCCAGGGGGAGGCCUCCGGGGUCGAAGAACAAGCCCAAACCGCCGGUGAUCAUCACCAGGGAGAGUGCCAACGUGCUGCGGGCCCACAUGCUGGAGGUCGGCGCCGGCUGCGACGUCUUCGACUGCAUCGCCACCUACGCCCACCGCCGGCAGAGGGGAGUGUGCGUCCUCAGCGGCAGCGGGGUCGUCACCAACGUGACGCUCCGGCAGCCUUCGUCGUCGUCGGGCGCCGGCGGGGUUGUGACGCUGCAGGGCCGCUUCGAGAUCCUGUCGCUGGCUGGAUCUUUCCUCCCUCCGCCGGCGCCUCCGGGGGCCACCAGCCUCUCCAUCUUUCUCGCCGGCGGGCAGGGGCAGGUGGUGGGAGGGAACGUGGUGGGGGCUCUCUUCGCCGCCGGGCCGGUCAUCGUCAUCGCCGCCUCGUUCACCAACGUGGCCUACGAGCGGCUGCCGCUGGAGGAGGAGGAACCGAUGCUGCAACAAGGAGGAGGAGAGGGGGGAAACAACGUCGGCGGCGGCGGCGGCAGCAGCGGAAACCCCUUCCCGGACCCGUCGUCGAUGCUUCCAUUGUUCAAUUUGCCACUCAAUAACAUGAACCAGUUGCCGCCGGUAGACGGGCAUGGCUGGGCCGGCUCCCCGGCCGGCCGACCAUCUCCCUUCUGAUCAUUAAGGUGCUGCAAAGCUAUCUUCAAUUAACUUGUGCAACUACUCCUCCAUCUUUAAAUAUGUCUCCUCUCUCUCUCUCUCUCUCUCUCUCUCUUUUAUUUUCUUUCUCGAACCUUUUUCCUAAUUAAUUGUCUAGUACUCGAUCGAUCUCCUUCUAAGACUAUGUUGCUUGCUUGUUUUGUAUCGUUGUUUACUAUGAAACCAUUUCUUCUAUCUA